AUGCCACCGACGACAUCGACCAACAGGAAAACUCCAGCGAUGAAGACACUGAAGACAACACUGCGGUCACUCCUUAACAUGUUCCAGGACAUAUGUGGGUUCGCUGACAACUUGAGCGGAGUGAAAAGUGCAAGUCAGGUAACGGUUCGGCUGGAGAAGCUGGAUGAGAUGUGGGAAAAUGACGAGGAGGAGGACAACUGUUCCAAGCAGCGGUCAGAGUUCAGUAGCAAGUAUUAUGACUUGAAGUCUUUGCUAUUGGACAAGGUCAAGGAGUUCCAGGAGCCACCAGCCCUUAAUCAAUCAACCCGAAAUCUGGAAGCGGCAGAUCAAGCUACCAUGGAGCGUGUGCGGUUGCCUCAAAUCGUGUUGCAAACCUUCGACGGCAACAUCGAUGAUUGGUUGAGUUUCCGUGACCUGUAUUUGUCGCUCAUACAUAGGAAAGCAGACUUACCGGAAGUGGAAAAAUUCCACUACCUCAAAGGGUGCUUGGCAGGCGAAGCCAAGUCACUAGUGGAUCCGCUGCCAAUUACGCGGGAGAACUAUCAGGUCGCGUGA